UCUGUGACAUUAUAGAUUCUGCAUAUAUAAAAUUUAUCUAUACAUGUUAAAAAUACAGAAUUACAUCACUAUGUUUUGAGUUCCAGUUCCAGUUAGUGACACUAUUUCUUGAGAACCAUUUACUUCUAGUUGCAAGGAAAUAAAACAGAUGGUGGUGUGCACUUCUUUUUACUUUGUACUAGUAUAGCUGAAUAAAUUCUACAAACAGUUGAAAUGUUAAAUACAUAAUGCAAUGUAUAUUUUUCGGAGAAACUUACAUUAUAUGUUCAAGUGCACUGGCUCGUCAGUCUUGAAUGUUCAUGUUAUCAUGCACUAGAGAUGGUUGAAGUUACAGACACGUGUUUGCUAAAUUACGGAGUGUCUGGUCCUUGUACAGCUCGGAAAGCGUGCAGCAGGCAGUCAACUCAGGAACCAUGAGGAGUAUGUUGCCACUUGUAAUUACCUGUAGAUAAAUAUAUUGGCAUGGUGCACACUAAAGCUUUCAGUGCUAAUUCCCAUCCAGUAUUGUUUCGUGCAAACUUUAGUGUUUGUAGCAAAUUAGCAUUUGUCCAAUUGUUGCAAAUGUGAUUUUGAGAAUUGCAGAACAUUUGUCGCUGCUAGCCGAACAUUGACGUAAGGAAUAACUGCUGUCUGGCACCUAUUGCCAUUUGGCUGAUGUCUGGUGUUUCCCUUGAGCAGUUGGGCAUAGGGGCAGACACAUUUUGUACCAGCAAGUGAUACCAAUCUUCUAACCAUCUAUAUCUGGCAAAUUAUGCCUUUCUGAACAAAUCAUUUUUCUACAGCACAAGUCUUAUCUGCUCUAUCUGUGAAUAUCUUUAUAAAUUUUCUUCUUUUCUCUCUUUAUGGAAUGGUUCGGUUUCAUGCCAACAACACUGUUCGGUAAGAGAUGGAGGGGCACUGAUUUGUUGACGGAUGGCAUGGCCCAUUGGCAGUGUUCAGAUUACAAUCCUGCUUGGUGGGUAAGUCUAGCCUGGCCCCAGAGAUAUGUUCUUAGCCACUGUAUUUAACUUGCACAUAUCUUGGGCUCAUUCCUCUUGUCAACUUUUAUAUUUCCCCUGCAAGGAUCCUGUGAAGUUGCAACUCUCGUCUGGAACCACCGAGAGCUGCCUGUCACAUGUCCCUUUGCUGCCUCUUGUGCUGAACUCGCUGGAGCCGGAGGAGGAGGUUAAAGGUUUGGGAGGUUCCGCUUCUGUCAUGCCGCCGCCUGCUGGAUUCGAGCUUCCGUCUCCCCAGGCCACCGGCAUGCCCGACGACGUGCUCCUCGCACUGCAGCCAUGCCAGCCAAGCGCGCAUGCCCGGUCUCGGAUGGCCCGUGCGCCCAAGCGUGCGACGAGGAGACCAGAGCACUGCCGGCCCUCCCGGUGCGAUGAAGGAGGCCCGCGUGGUGCUCCACCGGAGAAAUACCUUUUCCGAUGCGUGCGUGCACCACAUUAAUUUGGAUUCGCUGCUCCGGGCUAUGAAGCCAUUUCCGUUAGCCUAGCUGCUUCUUAGUGACUCUUUUUUUUUAUGUAAUCCCCGAUUGUAUUCGUGGGGCACUCUCUUUUGAUCAAAUAAAGUCAAGAGCAAUCUGGUUUACUGUUCUCUUGAAUAUGAGGAGGAUCGGCAUAUUGAUCAGAUGAGGAGCCAAACCUCACCUGAUCAAUAAAGUCAAGUGGCCAAUCCCUCAUAUUUCUCUUGAAUAUGAUACCACCGGCCCGGAGAUACGGGCUUGGGCAGGUUGACAUCUUCGUCAUCGGGAUCGGCAGUGGCGGUACUGUCAGCGGCGUCGGCAAGUACCUCAAGGAGAAGAAUCCCAAUGCGAAGAUUUAUGAGUUGAACCUGCCCAAGCAAAUAUUCUGAAUGGUGGCAAGCCAGGUAGCCUAUCGGGCUUUCUGUAAAUGAUGUACUCUUCUUUUAGUUUCUAUAGUCAUGCUGCUAACUGCUGCAGGGCCUCACCGGAUCACUGGAAAUGGAGUGGGAUUCAAGCCAGACAUUUUGGACAUGGACAUAAUGGAGAAGGUUCUUGAGGUGAAAGGUGAGGAUGCCGUCAAGAUGGUGCAACAACUGGCGCUGCAAAAACAAAUCUACUGCUCCCUUACAAAAGGACAUGUGGGGAUAUCAUCAGGAGCCAACAGAUUGAACUUGCAAAGAGGCCCGAAAACAGAGGGAAGCUCAUCGUGGCACGACAUUACAUACCCAUAUCUAUGAAAUUCAUACAAAAAUAUGUUAAAGAUGGAGAAGUUUCAGAAACUGACUCGCCUGUUGUUUCAGACUGUUCAUCCGAGCGCGGGAGAGCAAUACUUAUCGUCGGCGCUGUUCGAAGGUCUGAGGAAGGAGGCUGAGGCUAUGCAGCCAGUGCCGGUGGACUAAAGCUUUUGAGUUAUAUAACGCAUACAGAAUAAAUCCACUGGCAAUUCUUCAGUUUGUUCCUUCAUCCAUGUGGACCUCGUGUAAGCAAAAGUUGAAAUGGUUGGAAAAGAAGGACCGUACCUCUCUGGAGAUCUAUGAUGUACAUAUGUUUGAGUUG